CAGGCCGGAAUGCCGAAAAGAAAAACGCGUGACGGCGGUAUGUGUUUUUUUGCCCGCUCCAGGGUGCAAAUUGGCAAGGAUGGUGGUGGUGGUGGUUGUGGUGUCUCGCUGCAUCCAUUUUGUGAUUUUGUGGCAAAGGGUGGGCAGAAACAUCGCAAAAAAACUGACACACGCACACAGAGCGAGCAUCUGUGGGUCCACAAACUAUGAAUAGCGGCGUGUGCGUGUGCUGCCCGUGACGACACGCAUAUGGCUGUACGGUGGUGUGCGUUUGUCAGUUUCGGAUAAUCGGAACACCUACUUUUUCCGAUUAGUUUCGACGCAGUUUGUUUACAUUGUGGGAUCGCUUCCUUCCGGGCGAUGAUCGUGAACGGUGGUCGCGGUUCGCCAUAUAAGGGAAAACAGUAGAACGCCACACACGCACAGACGACGCGUAAUAAAACAGCACCAGAUUAGCCCGGUUUGCAUCAUAAAUCCAACGUAAUCCUCCGGGCAGACGUCCCCCGUCAGCGGGAAAUAAAAUCAACGAGCGUCGAUAGAGCGGACUUAAUCCGGCAGUGUAAGUGAAAAUAGUACAGCAAAAAAAAAACCCUAUACCAAAUCCUCACUUCCGCCACGGGUGAAAGGUGAAUGAAUGAUAAAUAAAACGUGCCCCACGCCACAUUGCCCGCACGCGAAGCGACCGGAAGCGGGAAGCAGCACGGCACAGCGUGUGGCCCUAACCUCCCGAAGCACCCGGUACCGUUGGCCAUCCUUUCGCGCGCGCAAGAGUCAGGGUUGGUAAAAGUUGGCAUACUGUCCGACUGUCGGGUGGAUGCGAGGAAAGACGAAAGAGCAUGUGUGUGUGUGUGUGUUGAUGAUCGUUUCCCUUCGAAUGGCGGUUCGGAUCGGAUUCGGUCGCCCGUGUCGCGAUGGAGGUGAAAGUGAAAUGACGAUUGUUUGCGGCGGUACGAGAAGUAAAGCGACAAACAAUAGUAAUCGUAGUACUGGUAGUAGUAGUAGGAGCAAUGGCAACGGGAGGGGCUAGCCCUAGGCUAAUUAAACCAUGCGAAGAAUUUGAACUCAUUGAAGCAUUAUCGAUCGAUCGGUGCAGUUCACAUCGGCGACUCGGCGACUCGGAGACCGUGCCCCGGCAGCUGUUGUGUACAUUAGUUGUGGUUCACGCUUACGAGAGAUUAAAUAUUCAACCAGGGCACGAUUGCAGCUAGGAGAAAUUAAUCAUCUGAAAACAAAUACAGUACAUUGAAGAGGACUUUUAAAAACGUGUUGAAUCGUUGAAUUAAAACACACAACAGUUGAAUUACAGCAGCGGAAAAGCAUCAGCUACAAAAAUGAUUCACGUGGAUGAAACAGAUCCCCUCGGAGACAUUCCACCAGCGUUCCCGUACCGAGAGGUGGAAAUUAAGCGCGGCAUCGAUCCAAAACAGAUAUACGAGCUCAGCUCCGAGCUUGGCAGGGGAAAGUUCGGCGUAGUCUACAAAUGCAAGGAAAAGUCGACCGGCGUCCGUCUGGCGGCCAAAUUCAUCCAGAUCGUAAAGAAGGGCGACCGGCGCAACAUCGAGCGCGAGGUGCACAUGAUGAACGUGCUACACCACUCGAAGAUCGCUCAGCUGUACGCGGCGUACGAGUUCGAUCGUACCUUCUGCGUCAUGAUGGAGCUCGUGGAGGGCGGCGAACUGUUCGAUCGAGUGCUGGACGAAAAGUUCGUGCUGACCGAGAAGGCGUGCUCGAUCUUUAUGCGCCAGAUCUGCGAUGCGGUCGCGUACAUCCACGGCAAUAACAUCAUCCAUCUCGACAUGAAGCCGGAGAACAUACUCUGCCUGACGGAGAGCGGAAACCGGAUCAAGAUCAUCGAUUUCGGGCUGGCGCGCGAGUACGACCCAGACAACAAGCUGCAGGUGCUGUUCGGGACGCCCGAGUUUGUCGCCCCGGAGGUGGUCAACUUUGAGGCGAUCUCGUUCGCCACGGACAUGUGGAGCGUUGGUGUGAUCGCUUACGUGCUAGUUUCCGGACUUUCACCUUUUGCCGGUGAGGAUGACAUUCAGACGAUGGGCAACAUAACGAUUGGGAGAUACGAUUUCUUGGAUGAAGCGUUCGACAACGUUUCGGAGGAAGCGAUCGACUUCAUCAACCGGUGUUUGGUUAAGGAACAAAAGGAGCGUCUGACAGCGGAAGAUGCGCUCAAGCACAAGUGGAUCAAGCGGAAACCCCAGUACCAUCCAACGAAUCGGCGACCAUCGCUCACCAACAGCUUCAAGCCGAUUCUGCUGGAAAGCAACAACAACAGUAGUAAUGUGACGAACGCCGAAAUUGCUAAGGACAAUCUGAAGGAACUGGUAGGCAAGUGGGACGAAACGCCCAACAAUCGGUACGCGUUCGAGCAGGACACGGAGAACAUUAUUGCGCCGUCCGGCGAAACCGUACAGCUGCGACGGCCCACGCUACCGGAGCUGGCCGGGCUAGCGAACGGCAGCAACACGUCCGGCAGCCGGAGGGGCAGCAUAGCGCGAGUAGCCCUCGAUGUGAAUGAAGACGCAGAGAGUAACGCCGAAAAUGAAGCACCGAAUCAGGGUAGCGAUUCGAACUACAAUGUCCAUCGCCGUUACGACGAGCAGCAAACGAAGCACCAGCAACACCACUACGAUCCGGACAAACCACCAAUAGUGCUGGAGUUGACGCAACAAACAAGAGCUGAAGCAGAAGAGUCGAACGCAUCCGACAGCUUGUCGCUCUCAACUAACACUUUUCCGGCUACUAAUAGUGAGCGAUUUGAUAGCUGUCAGCGCAGUGUGACGUCUAACAGCGCCCGCUACGAUGAGGCACCUGCGGUACAGGGUGGUAACGCAGCUAGUGGUGGUAGUAGUAGAAGUAUUUGCAGUAGUGAUAGUAACGGCAGUAUUAGUAGUUAUAGUAGCUUAGAGGAAAGAGCGCCUACUGCUAACCAGCAAAUGCCAGCUUGCGCAAAUACCGACGGUGGUCUUGAGCCGGCAUCAAAGACCAUCGUCAUCGUCGUCCAGCAGCCGCAUCCCGUCCCAAACUCAUCCCCACACACCAACAACACGCACACUGAUACAAACGCAUCCAACGGACGGCCAAACCGUACGUCCGUGUCGUCCGAUUUCCUUUCCGCAGAUAGUGACUCUGUUGCGUCCUCCUGUGACACCACGGCAAGCGUGUGCACGGAUCCGGCCCCAUCCCCAACAACACCACUACACCUUCUACACCCAGGGUCACCUGCCCAACCGAACCCACCACGGACCGUCGGUUCCGCGGGUGAUGGUGACGCGGUGACCGAUACACACCGGGACAAGGUACGUGACGAUUUGCGCAAACUUUCCGAUUUACUAAAGCUUUCCCUCACGAACGUGAAGGCACUGGAUGGAGUGGAGCAGUCGGCACUGAACGCAUCGACCGUCACCACACCGACAACCCCCGCACCUGCCCUCGAGCUGGACAGUGAGCUGGAGAGUCUCAAGUCGAAGGUGAACACGAUCCGCACCUCCCGGGCGCAGAACAAGCUGAAUGAGCUGGCCCAGCGGCCCGACUUCCUCGCGAACGAUCCGUUCAAGCUGCCCACGUUCCGGUUCCUGCCCAAGUCUAUCAGUCUCUGCAACGAAGAUUCGGUGUUCAAGGAGAACUAUACGAAGUUUUGCGAUCGUAACGCGUCUGGCAGGUUAUCGCGCGAACAAUCGCAGGAGACGACGGUAAGCGAAAAGAUAGAUACAGUCGGUACAAUUGUACGCAAGAAGUCGACCACGUCGUCAACGACAAAGAAGAAAAAAGAUCCAGAAGGAGCGGCCACGGCGACGACGACGACCACAACCACUACGACCUUCUCGAGUACACCCUCGGGAAAGAUCGCUUCCACUACUACGGUGCGCAAAACGAUCGUUAAACAGCAGAAGAUUGUAGUGGAAGAUGCGAGUUCGAGUGUGACAACUGUCGGGACCUCCGAGAGCAGCAGAUCGAGAUCGAUCGCACCAACCAAGAGUCUCGAUGUGUCAUCAUCGUCAACGGCAUUGGACAGCAGCAAGUUAACGCAUUCGGCUUCGAUCAAGCGUACCAAAUUCCGCGUCAAUCAGCUCAGCAGUCGAGAUGUGCCGGUGGCGAUUAACUCCGUCGCACGGCGCUAUCUCGAACGGAGUGGUAUACAGGAUGAUCUUUCCACGUCGGCCGCCAGACUGCCCCGUACGCUCAGCCCCACCGGCCCGGGUCAGACCACGCUCGACGACACGGUGACGGUGAACAAUCUGCGCAACAGUGCGCUACGACUGCGCAGCUCGGUUUCGGUGGACUGGGAUGCGAUGGAGGCGGUCGAAAAUCGAUCGAUGAAGACGAUCAACACCUUCCUGAAGCGGCACGCCGUAGCCAGUUCGGCCGUGAAACAGAUCCAAGCACAGCUAGAGGCAACCAUUACAACGCACAAGUAGGAUAGACGGAUUCCUCUGCUCACAAUCAGGGUGUUUGAGGGUGUUCGAUAGCAAUGAGAUGAUUGUACAUACAAUACGCACCCUCUUUUCUAUACGCCAUGUGUAUUUAUACGUAGCUUUACUUAUCGGUGAUGUAAGCAGUAGUGAAGUGAUGCAGUUUCAGUGUUAGCAUAUUUUUGUAUAGAUCACACACACGAUCGUAGGAGGUAAUGGUUAUAGAGAAAAGAAGAGGAAAGGCACAAUACGCUGUAGUGCCUUAUCGCACCAAGUGUGAUUAGGUAGAGAGUAUGUAGCUUACAAUUCAAAGUGAAUCACAAAAGAUGGGAAUAAAAUGCAGAGAGAAUUCUGAUACUCUACGCUAUCUUCGUAAGGGGUACGUCAAUGUUGCUCUGUAAAUGUAAGCAAAAAUCAAUUUAAAAUAUGGAUAUUGAAAUAAAGAAUAUACGUAAAAUUAAA